AUUUAAAUGAAAGCAAUCUCCCGCUAUUCAACUUUUUUUUUCCCCAAUGUCCCCUAACUCUCCUCUAGAAUCCUCUCAACCAACAGCAUCUAGAGAUACUCAGCAAGAUGGAUUUUCAACACUUCGCACCGCAAAUCGAUAAGCUUCCUCAACGCUCACGGAAGGAUGUCGUCAAUGUAAUGUUUUGGAAUGCUAUCCGCGACAGCUUCACCCUUUCAACAUGGCUCGCAAUCGGAGCCGUUGUCCAGGGACUCUUGGUUGUUUUUGUCCGGCCAACGUUUGCGGUUGCACCGGCAGCACUCGUUUUACUGUAUAGGCUAUCGCGCACGAUGCUUCAAAGUUUCGGCGUUCUCCGCAACCCUCUAAUGGAUGAGAUUCUCAUGGGCAAGUUCUCUGUGCAGAUUGGAGAUGAGCAUGGUAACGCGCCUACCGACUCAGCACAACAGCAAGUGGCGGUCAUUAUGCUAGGCGCAAGGUCAAAUCACCCCUUGGGCAUAUUUGGGCCUGGGUUUAAACAGAUUGGAGACUAUUUUGGAGCAAUGAUUGAUAGGCUUAACGCGGAUGAGGAUAGCGGGUUUCUUGGAUCGUCAACUUACAUAUGCAAUGGCGAGCGACUCACGGCCAACGGCGUUAUGACAUGCUGCUACUUCCGAACCGUAGAGGAUAUCCAUCGGUUUGCUCAUGAGCCGCUCCACCGCGAAGCCUGGGAUUGGUGGAAUAACAUCACUGCCACUCACCCACAUUUAUGUAUCAUGCACGAACUGUACGAUGCGCCAAAGAAGGGUUGGGAGAACAUUUUCGUCAACUACCAUCGCACUGGCAUUGCAAAUAUAAAAGAGCCUGUGAUCAUCAAUGGAAGAGAAUAUCAGCCCAUCGCUAACGCAUCUCGAGGGCCUUUGGCUACACAAAAGGGACGAUUGGCACAGCCUAAACUAGGAGCCUAUACUGGAAAGCAAGACCUCGAAAAGCAAGACUUCGUCAAUGCUAAAUACUAAGUAUUCCGUCAUCAUUCUACACUAUAAUUGGAACUUGGUACGCUUCUACACUUAGGUUUUCAGUAUGAGCAAUAUCAAAAAGCCGCUUUUGCAGCUUUUCAUCAUCUUAUUCAUAAGAAGAGUCGUUAUAUAGCUAUUUACAUGCCCAUUAAGUACAUGAACAAUGAAAAUUUA